AUGCCGGCUUCUUCUUUGGCAGCUCUUUUGCUGCUAUGGCUGCCGGCGAUGUCCGAGGCCGACACGUGCAGCACGGGCGAGGCUUCGAUGCUGCAGACGGGGAGCCGCUUCUUUUCACCGCGGCGCCGGAGGGCCGUCACCACAGAGCCACCGGAGCCCGAGACGCCCCCGAACCUGCCGAAAUACACGGUGCGGAUCAGUGGCAAAGGGGGCAAUCUCGGGUUCCUCGUUUUCAGUGAGCAAACAUUGUGGCAAAAAGCAAUGGCGGAGGCAGGAAAGUAUUUGAAGCAGCAGCGGUUGGUCAGCGCGGCGGUCAUUCCUCCUUGUUCCGCGGACACUAAAGAAGUGGACUCGGCGGGCGCGUGCUUCGAGAUCAAGGAACAGGGCGCUGUCGCCGUACUGGCCAUGGAGGAGCCGACUACUCUGACUGUUCCUGAGGAAGGUGGCGAGCUGGAGGUGACCUUCAAAUGUGAGAAGCACAUGGAACCGGACCUGGCCGCCUAUUCCCGAAGCCUGGGGCUGGAUCCGGGGCAGCGAAACACCUUCGCGGGGAACCUCAAGAAAGAAGGCGUGUACACGAAGUCGCAGCUGAGGGGCCAGACAUAUCGGAGUCUCUUCAAAGGUGUGGGCGACGACGGCGACGAGAAAGUGCUCAGGCAGAAGUUGUCGUCGGCCCAGGCGCAGACGGGCAGCAGAAUUCCGUUGAACAACGCGGCGGAAGAGGCGGACAAGGUGAAGGAGCAGGUUGCUGGCAUGAAGCAGCAGCUACAAGACGCUCGCACAAAGAUGGAGGAUGCUGCUAAGGCUGGCGAUGCAGAUUUGGCGAACCAGGCAAAGGCCCAGCUCGACAACGUGCUCUCGCAGCUGAGUGGCAUCGAUGUCGAAUCCGCCAAUUUGAGCACGGCUAAGCAGAUGAGCGAAAUGAAUGCAGCGAUCGCCUCUGGCGGUUUCGUGAAUGGACGAUCGUUGGAGACGAGGGAGCUCAUUGCCUUCAACGGCGUCUUCCGUGGGAUCGACCUGAUGACUACCUUCAAGCCCUCCUUGAAAGCGCCAGCGGUGUCGCUGAAGCCUUGGUAUGCCCAGAUGUCCGACGAUACCUUGGCUCUGUAUAGCCAACUUCGCCCGGAGAUCGACAGUGAAGAGUUCUACAUCGAGUCGCAACAGGCCAGCGACCUCGAGGUCGCCAACGGCAUGGUAGACACCUACGGGAGCAGCGCCUUCCACACCUCCGUGAACAGCUGGCAAGCUGGCUUUGACAUCACGAGCAGUUGCUUCGCUGGGGGAGGCAGCGGUGGCGACACCAAGAGCAAGUCUUCCGGACAGGCGAAGCAGGACCAGGACUCGCAGGCAAAGAAUCUGCAGAAGAGCAUCACCGCCCUGGCGAAAACGCAGUACUUCUUCCAGCCGAAGAUGCUGCUCUACUUCUCCCAGGGCAUGCUGCAGAUGUCCGAAGACUUUACCGACCGCUGCCAUCGGGCGUCCUACGCCUUGUGCAAGUUCGCGGGGCGCAAAAACUGCUCAAAGUGGAUCGAUCCCGUGGAGAGCAGCCCCAACGUCUCCUCGAAGCUAUCAGACUCCUCCAUCCAGCUCCGCUUUGUUGUCGCCAACGUCUCGGUUCUCUUGAUCCUACAGCAGCCGGACUUCGAGGAGGGUAUCAAGGACGCUCUGGGCAAUGCGGUGGCCAGCAUGUCUUCUGGGGCAAACAUCAGCGACAUCGACGUGGAGCUUUUUAAGCCCGACCGGUCCUUCGUGCCGGGUGGAGACAUCUACUCCAGCAUGCAGGUCAAGGUCACAAUACGCCGGGCCACCAUGGAGAUGUACGGCGGUCUCGAGGUCUACGAGGGCCGCGACAUCUUGCAGCCAGGGAUCCUUCGAGCCUUUCUUUCGUAUCCCUACAUCAACAAAGUGCGCAUCGUUGAGCCCAAUUCGAGUACCUACCAGACGGUCGGAUUGGAUUAUUUCCUGCUCCAGUUCUCUCCUAGCAACGAGGGCGCGGAGAGCGGUCAGAGCGGCUUCAAUGCUAUGGCGGAGCCAUUGCCGGGUGAGACAGCAGACGAGGUCGUGCCGGCGCUCAUGUAUGACUUCGGGAGCCAUGUCUGCCCCCACGUGACGCUAGGUGGCUGGUGGAGGGUCACGGCCAACUAUGCCAGCACCGUUAACCAGGAGAAGAUUGAGGUUGAGAGGGCAACCUCUGAAGCCAUGGAAAAGGCCCGCGCCGAAGCUUGGGGCCUCAAUGCCAAUGCCGCAGGGACCCGGAACG